AUUGCUGCAAUAAAGCAGGGGGGAUACCUGGUCUGGGGUCUGUUUGUUCUUUACACAUUUUAUAAAUAAUUUUCUAUGUUGUGCUUAUAGGGAUUGGAUACUUCAUCUGAAUCGCUCCACCUAGAUCGCUUUGCUUGGAUCGUCUUCACAGAUCGAAUCUGUUGCAUCUUCCUGACUUCAACUUGGAUCGCUUCACUUCUACUAUUAUUGGAUACAUUGGGAGGGGGGGGGGCACCUGGUCUAUAACUGAUAACUGUUCUUCACACAAUUUGUGGUUUAUAUAUCAAUAUAAUUUUCUAAAUAAGUUUCUGCAUUGCAGCUCACUGGGAUUUGAUUGCUUCUUCUGGAACGCUUCACUUGGAUCACGUUACUUGGAUCAUCUUCACAGAUCGAAUCGGUUGCAUCUUCCUGGUUUCCAGAGUACCUUUGACAAUCAACUCUGCAUCAAUUUCGGGUCCCCACUGAUCUGAGGGAUUGGAUUGCUUCUUCUGGAUCACUUCGUCUGGAUUGCUUCUUCUGGAACGCUUCACUUGGAUCGUGUUACUUGGAUCAUCUUCGCAGAUCGAAUCGGUUGCAUCUUUCCAGGUUUUCUUUGACAGUCAACUGGACUUCACUUUUGGGUCCCCUCUGAUCUGAGGUCUGUUAUUUUGGUACCACUUGUGUGAUGGGCAUUUCUUCGAAUUGAUGUAUUUCAUCAGGUCUGGUGUCAGCCGCUACUAUUAUAAAAUAUACUGGGGGGGGUCUGCUGUAACUAAAGGCUUCACUUACAAAUAAUAAAUUAUAUUGUUCUUUACAUAUUUUGUGGUAAAUAUAUCAAUAAAAUGUUAUAAAAGACACAAUGAACUGCGUUUUACUAGUGUGUUUUUUGGGGGAGGGGCUGCUACUACUUACAUUCUUUGGAGGGGGUGGAACAUAGUCUGGGAUCUGUUAUUACUGUAAUGGGGCCAAAGGUCUGGGGUCUGCUACAAUUAUUAUUAUUUCAUACAUGGGUGGGACCCAUGGUCUGGGGUCUGCUAUAACAAUAAGUACAUCACUGAUGUAAAAAUAUUACUGAUAAAUGUUAUUGUUCUUUACACAUUUUCUUGUAAAUAUACAGUAUAAUGUGUUUUACUAGUGUUUUAUUAUCAACACAAGGGAGGAGUCAAGGCAGAGAUUAUCGGGGUCACUUCCACAUGGUGCAAGUGCAUGGGUACACCGUUGUAGGUGUAUACUAUAACAAUGCUGAUUUUGGGUACAUGCUUAUAUAGAUUUUUUUUUUCCUUAGUAGAAAUCAUGCCCAGCUGCAUUGUGAGUGGCUGCUCUCACUGCAGUGGCAAAAAGUCCUCUAAAGGCAUCAUAAUGCACACCUUUCCAGUAUGUCUAAUGAAGAUUAAAAGGUGGCUUCGUCAGAUCGCACUACAUACAAAUCAAGAUUUUGGUGAGAUUGACGGAUUUGCCCAAACGAUAUUGGAUAACAAGAAAGUGAGUUCUUAUCGUGUAUGCAGUGAUCACUUUAGUAAUGAAAGCUAUAAAGUGAUAGGCAAGAGAAGAUCACUAAAACCUGAUGCCGUACCAAGCAUUUUCAAAAUAUCAAGUUACAAUAAGCACCAAAAGAAUAACUCCUCUUCAGUUUGUGAUCAACCCUCACUAUCAGCCACACACUCUUCUUCAGUUUGUGAUCAACGCUCACUAUCAGCCACGCACUCUACUUCAGUUUGCGAACAACCGCUACUAACCUCCACACAAGUUAAAAUGGUUGAUGCCAGCACAGGCACCGAAGCACAUCUUUUCCAAAUGGAUAAAGCGGUACAAUGGCCAGAAUAUGAGUUCAACACAGAAGGAGAGGAGUGGAAGGUUGAACAUGAUCAUAUCUAUGACACACGUCCAAGAAUACUACAAUCAACCCCAAUGAAAAGGUUUAGAAAUUCCCAGCCAUUAGUGAAUGUUGGCUCCUUGCAUGACACUGCAAUGUCACCAAACCUUCACAGCUCUGUACACGAAGACCUAAGUUGUACAGUAACAUCAAAGUGCUCCACAGCUUCUGACCCAGAAUAUGUUCCAGACACAGAUGAGUGUAAUGAAUUUUCAGUAACUGACACAUCAACUGUUAUUGAAGAAGAUGAGCAGAGCUUUGUGAAAGAACGGAAAUUUAUUGUUUUUGAGUCUUGUCUUGAUUCUUUGAUCAGAAAGAUAUCCUGCAGUGUUGUGUGCAACAAUCAAGAUAUUUGCAAUGCUCCGUUCAUAGAAAUUAAAAAACAUUCACAAGGCACAUUUGUUUCAGUGUCAGUCGUUUGCCUGAAUGGACACACCUACACCUUGUGGAAAAGUCAACCUUGCAUCGGAAGAAUUGCAGUUGGAAAUGUUUUAAGUUCAGCUGCAAUAUUAUACAGUGGCUGCAAUUUUUAUAAAGUCAGAGAAAUGUUUGAUUUAUUGGGGCUUGGAUUUAUAUCCCAUAAUACAUACUACAGAUACCAGCGUGAGUUACUUUUUCCAGUUAUUGAUGUGCACUGGCAGCAAGAACAAAGGAGAUUACAUGAUGCAUUCAGUGGCAUAAAGUUGUGCCUUGCUGGUGAUGGACAAUGUGACAGCCCUGGUUACAGUGCCAAGUAUUGUGUGUACAGUUUUAUGGAAGUGGACACAAAGAGAAUAGUGGACUUCGAGGUUGUUCAGGUAACAGAAGCCAAGACUUCUGCAGCUAUGGAAAAACUUGCAUUCACAAGGUGCUUGAACAGGUUAUUGGCUCAAUCAUAUAAAGUUACUGCAAUAGCAACAGACCGUCAUUCAGGAAUUAUUAAAAUAAUGCGUGAGAUCUACAAAGACAAAGGCAUCGCACAUGAGUUUGAUAUGUGGCAUUAUGCCAAGAGUUUGAAGAAACGCUUGGUUGCUGCAAGCAGAAAGAGAAACUGUUCUGCUAUAGCUGAAUGGAUCCCAGCAAUAACAAACCAUCUGUGGUGGUCAUCCAGCAAAUGUGAUGGUGACUUAUGUAUGAUGCGCGAAAGGUGGCAAUCGGUUGUUCUGCACAUAACAGAUCAGCAUGAAUGGGAUCAUGGAAGAAAGUACCAUGCAUGCUCACAUAAAGAAUACACAGAUGAGGAGCGAAGUCUGCGACCAUGGAUAGAAAAAGACUCUCAAGCCUAUUUAUCCCUGGCUGAAGUAGUCCUGUCAAAGACAAUGACAAAGGACUUUGAGCACAUGACAACAUUUCGCCACACUGGAGCAUUGGAAGUAUAUAACAGCUUUUCCCUAAAGUACCGGUCUAAAAGAAUCCAUUUUACAAUGGAUGGAAUGGAGGCCCGCACGAAGCUUGCAGCUCUAGCCCAUAAUGCAAAUGUGCAUAGACCGCAAGCUCGUGUCCGAUUGCCCAGUGAGGGAGGGGACACUGUAGGUUCACUUCGACAUAGACUUGUGUUUCCCAAAUUCAAAAAGAAAUGGGUUGCUAAAGCACUAUAUGAGCCCACAACCAAUGCACAUGUAUUUCCAAUGUUGGUGGAUGUGCUCAGAUUACUGGAGGGCAAAUUGACCCAUAGUUGGGAUCCCAGAAACAGCACCAUGCCGGUCAACAUUGCAACAGAAGAGAGACCAGAUAAAAGUUUGACUGUUCAGCAUCAUUUGUCAAGAUUUCAAAACUGAUGCAUGUUCUAGUGAAUGUAACAUUACUUGUGAAUUGUAAUUGUUGCUAAGCGAUGUUUGUAAUGUGUUCCAGUGUACUUUAUGAAACCUGUCUUAUAACGAUCUAAGCACCCCCUGUUGUAAAAAAAACUGUAUGAUAAAAUGUAGACCCCUGACCCUGUAUAUGCCAGCUGUAUGCACUAAUAAAAUUAGCAGACCCUGUAGCCCAAAGCACUUUGCAGACUUAGUAACAGCUGACCCCCCCCCAACGGUCUGUGCACUUAUAGUAACAGCUGACCCCC